GCAGACGAACUCGGAAUUUUAAAAUUAGGUACGAUGUCUGAUUGUCUAUUGCCGUCCUCUGACAUGGAUGCAUUUCGAAAAAUUCUUCAAAAAGCCAACUCCGUCGUCAUAUUGACUGGAGCAGGAGUAUCAGCAGAGUCUGGAGUGCCUACAUUUCGGGGAGCUGGAGGAUUAUGGAGGACGUAUUCUGCACAAAAUUUGGCGACUCCAUCGGCGUUUCGGUCUAAUCCUUCACUCGUUUGGGAGUUUUAUCAUCAUCGCAGAGAAAAUAUGGCGUCAAAGUCUCCCAACAAUGCACACAAUGCAAUUGCAGAGUUCCAACAUAGAAUGACUAAAGAAGGAAGGCACGUCAGUGUGAUCACCCAAAAUAUUGAUGAACUUCAUCAAAGGGCUGGUUCAGUCAAUGUCUUAGAACUGCAUGGCAGUCUGUUCAAGACUCGGUGUCUGAAAUGUAAAAAGAUAGAACCCAAUCAUGACAGUCCCAUUUGUGAAGCUCUUAGGGGAAAGGGAUCACCAUCCCCAAAUGAGGUUGGAGAAUUGGUUCCAGAAUCAUUGUUGCCCAGAUGCAAAGUUUCUUCCUGUGGAGGCCUUCUAAGGCCCCAUGUUGUAUGGUUCCAUGAAAAUCUGGAUUCUGCCGUUCUCAAAAAAGCUGAUGAGGAACUUAAUAGUUGCGAUCUGUGUUUGGUCGUUGGAACAUCAUCAGUUGUCUAUCCAGCAGCAAUGUUUGCUCCCCAGGUUGCUGAAAGAGGGGUUCCCGUCGCGGAAUUCAAUAUGGAAACUACUCCUGCUACUCAUCACUUUGGAUUUCAUUUUUCGGGUCCUUGUGGGGAACUUUUACCUAAAGCGCUGGCACCUUGACGAUCGUGCGCCCAACUGUUGAAUUGCUACAGACACUACGGUUUAUAAAGACCUACAGCUGAUAAAUUAACAUGCUUGUGCAUUUAAAGUCGUAUUGUUUUUAUUAUUUGUAAAAAACUACAUAUGCGUAUACAAAACUUUACUAGAAUCCGUACGUGAAAUAUUUUAAAAUAUGCGAAUAUUUGAUUACCCCAAUAGUUGAAUCUUUAACAGUUGCAUCAGCUUUAUCCACGAUAAUGAUUGAUUAAAAUUAGAUUUUUACAUAAAGACGAUUUAUUCUAACAGAGAAAAAUAUCUACAAAAUAAGUUGAAAACUUUUGGUUGGUCAUUUGAAUUUCGGAUGCUAAUUGUCAACGAAAACUUAAGUAAGCGUUAAAAAGAAGGGAAAUAAAAAAAUUAAAUUUUUCAUAUUUUGUGUGUGGAAUUCUUUGUUUGUAAAUAUAAAAAUAUCACGUGUGCUUAAAAAACGAACGAAAAAA